ACACGACCAGAGUUCCUCUCCUUCGACGGCUACGAUAACCGAGUUGGCGCUUGGCCGCCCCGCGCCCGCAGCCGCAGGUACUGGGACUAGUCCGCUGACGUACCGAGCCCAGCCACCAGGCAAAUGCGGCCAACUGGUGAAGGCACUGAGGAAGCCAUACCGCCGUUGUAGCUUGUAGGCUGUACUGCUGUAGCCACGGCCAACGCCUGCGCGCGUACUGCUGUUACCUCGCCAGUCACCAGUCCGCCCCCGCCGCCGCUAGGUGAGUCAGGAGACAGGAGGGCGGAGGGGAAUCGGGGGUAAUGCGGCGGCAUGUCGGGCCGUGGAGGAGGGCCGGGGCCGGGGCGGGUGAAGGCGGGGAGCCGCCCGCCGUGGGUCGGGCUGGCGGCAGCGGUGUGGGUGCAGGUGGCGGCGGGGAGCGCCUACGUGUUCCCGCUCUACUCGCACGCCAUCAAGGAGGCGCUCGGGUACAACCAGCAAGCGCUCACCAUGCUCGGCGUAGGCAACGACGUCGGCGAGAACGUGGGGCUCGUCCCGGGGGUGCUCGCCAACCGCCUCCCGCCCUGGCUCAUCCUCGUCAUCGGCUCCGCUUGCGCCUUCUUCGGCUUCGGCACGCUCUGGCUCGUCGUCACCAAGACCGUCGCCAUGCCUUACUGGGUGUGGUGGGUAGCUUUGUGUAUUGGCACGAACAGCAGUGCAUGGUUGGGCACUGCUGCUCUAGUGACCAACAUGAGGAAUUUCCCUCUCAGCCGAGGCACUGUUGCUGGUCUCAUCAAGGGUUAUGUUGCUGUUAGUGCUGCUGUCUACACUGAAACAUUUAAUGGAAUGCUAGGGAAUUCACCUACAAAUCUUUUGUUGUUGCUUGCCUUAGGGAUCCCAACAGCAUGUAUUGUGGUGAUGUAUUUUGUUAAGCCUUGCACUCCAUCACUGGAUGAGGACAACUCAACAGAACACAGUCAUUUCAUGUACACACAAAUAUCAAGUGUUCUUCUUGGAAUAUACCUUUUGGUUGCUACAAUACUUGGUGAUACUUUAAAACUAAGUCAGGCUGUCACCUAUCUUUUGUUCAGUAUAAUGAUACUUUUGCUCCUUGCUCCACUUGUAAUACCAAUAAAGAUGACACUUUAUCCAAACAAACAAACGAAGGAAAAUUCCAGCACCCUUGCUCCAUCUUAUUCAAGUGAUAGCCUGUCUGGUGCAGAUCCAGAGAACUCACAACCACUUCUGGGCAGUGCCUCAACAACACUUGCUACAGGUACCAAUGAAUCUGAUGACAGUACUGAUUUGGAUGUUCUAUUGGCUGAGGGUGAGGGAGCAGUGAAUUUGAAAAACAAAAGAGGGCCAAGAAGGGGGGGUGAUUUCACAUUUCGUGAAGCCUUAGUAAAGGCGGACUUCUGGCUACUGUUUGUUGUUUACUUUUGUGGAGUUGGCACAGGAGUCACUGUUCUCAAUAACCUGGCUCAGAUUGGAAUGUCUGUUGGUGCUAAUGAUACAACUAUUUUGUUGUGCCUCUUUGGCUUCUGCAACUUUGCUGGCCGUAUCUUUGGUGGAUCUGUCUCUGAAUAUUUCGUAAGGUAAGCUACAUUUAACUUGCAACAACUUUACCUGUACAAUUUUCCUACAAUGCAUCGCUUACCAUAUUCCAGCUUAUUUAAGCUGAAAGUUCAAGUAGUAAAGCUGAUUGCUUUGUAUGGUGCUGUGAUAUAUUGAUAUUAAUAAACAUCAAACAAGCAUUACUGAACACUGCAGCUAGUUCCCAAUGGCAUCGAUCUUUAACCGUGUCUGUUACUUUGCAUAUGUUUUGAGGAUUUAUUCAUUUGGAAUCAUUUAGAUUUUUAUUUUCUCGAACAUGAGAGCUGCAUAUCUUCUUAUAUGAAGAAGGAAAAACAGUAGGAUUUAUUUUUUAAUUAGGAAAUACUAGUCAAUCAACGUUGCUCUAGCAUGGCCUAGAAUAUUAUGUUAUUUACAACUAUUAAAAGUUUUAUGAAGUACAACCAAUUAAAUUUGCUUAUCUUUACUCUGUAUCUCCUUAUUCAUUUCCUAAAACAAUACACAUGGAUACUCUAUAAUCUCUAUUAGGUUAUGAACUUGUGAUAAUUUUACUAAUUACUACGCCUCUAGCUGAGUUGGUUAGGUGGUCUGAGUAUCACUCCUUAGGUUUCGAGUUUGAAUUCCAGUGGGAGCGAAUUUUAGGCUGAGGUUAAAAAAGGUGACUUGCUGGUUCCCUUGGUUGUGCGCACACGAGAUGGACUGACCUAUAGGGGGUCGGAUCCUCGUGUAGGGGCUUAGGAGGGCUCAAAGCACGAGUAAAGAUCUAGCCUAUAGGGGGGUGAGACAUCCUCGUGUAGGGGCUUAGGAGGGCUCAAAGCACGAGUAAAGAUCUAGCCUAUAGGGGGCGAGACCCUCAUGUUGCACGCUUGGCCAACUUUCGUGACCUUUCUCUAUCGGGGCUACAAUUGAGCUUCUUCUUAAUAUAAUACCGCGGGGACGGUAUUUCCCCUAUUGGCCGAACUUUCUUACUAAUUACUCUAUAUUUUUCAUAUUUUACAUUGCACCUCUAUGGAUCUUUAAUAUGUAUUUGGUUGAAACUUUAGUUAAGUUAUAUCAGCUCUUGUUGCAUUUUUUAUUGACAUCAUGACUAUAUUUUGGCUUUCAACAUUUAAUCUUAUUAGUUGUUACAAGUUUUUAUCCACGUGUUAAGUUGAAACUAUCUUCUUCAAUUUUUUUUCUUUUUGUAUUUUUUUGAAAAUAGAUUCGAGGUAUUAGAUUGUACUCUUAGUGCGAAAGAGUCUUUAGCGUAAUGGUUAAGGCUUCAGAGUAGCACCUCUAGACAAGGUUUUCAAGUCGGUAAGUCGAGUCGAGUCGACAAGGUACCGACUUGGUGACUAGUCGAUAAGUCAGUCGACUUGCCAAUAUAGUGGCUAUUUUGCCUAUAUAAUGGCUUCAUAUAGACAAUAUAUCAAUUAUAUAUGAAGAAAGAGGAUGUUUUACCCCUUUUGAAGUCUGAAAUUGAACGAAACUGAAAUAAACAACACGCCUUACCUCAUCUGAAGCCUCAAACUGAACCAAAUCAACCACAUAAGUGAUAAGUCAUAAACUCAUAAGUCAUAACAACCAUAUAGUUCAAAUUGGAAAACAAAUAGCAAGAAAAUAUAGUUCAAACUUGAAAGGAAAUAAACUCCAUUAGAUAGCUAAGCUGCUGCUGCAGCUAGAUAGAUACUAGAUACCCUAAAUAUCUCCCAAAUCAAGAUCAUCCAUUGCAUUUUCUUCACCACUAGCACCAACUUGAGUUGGACUGUUAUGUGGGGAUUCACUAAAGUCAUCCACUUCUUCAUCAUCAUUAGGCAUGUACUCUUCAUCAUCUUGUUCAUUGCCCUCGUUGCCUUGCUCUUCCUCUUCCAUAACUCUCUCCUGUGUAGAAGCAGCUUGACAACGCCUUGAAUAAACAGACUCAUAUCGGGCUCUUCUUGGGAAGUUGCGACCUUGAAGUGAACUAGAAGCACCGAUUGCAUCAUCCACAUGAGCCCAUGCAAGAUCAUCCCCUUCUCUAACUGUUUCAUUUUGACUGUCCACCCACUCAUUGUCCCAUUGGAAAUCCUCUAAAAUUAAAGGGUUACCAAUAUUUCCCUCCUCACGCAAUCUUUGGAACAUAGCUGCCAUCUUUCUAUUGUAUUGGAUAUAAACCAAAUUGUUUAACCUUUGGUGCUCCAAUUUGUUCCUUUUUUUGGUAUGAAUCUUUUUGGUAUGAAUCUAUGUGCCAGCUCACUUGAGGCAUUGAUAGACUCCAAGAAAAAUGUGCCAGUUGGACUAUUGACAAGGAAAUUGAUCAAGUACUGACCCCUCCUAUCUGUCCAACCAUCAGACGUAAGUGUGCAACCAAAUUCAGUCCAAGCCAACUCAUGAGUCUUUCUUAUCUCAUCUACACUAUUCUUUGUCUUCUCAAGCAAUGACACCCUAACAUCAUGAUAUGAAGGUUUCACAUACCCAGGACCAUAUUGCCCAACUGCCUCAAGCAUGAUCUCAAAGGCCCUUGAGUUGAUGACUGAGAGCACCUAGAGGGGGGGGGGGUGAAUAGGUGAUCCUGUAAACUUAAGCCACAAAACUUUGAUUAAGUGUUAGCACAGUUAAUGCCAAGUGGCUGGAGAGAAGAUCUUGCACAAUAUGAUAAUCACAAGGAGUUCAACACAGAGAAGACACAGUGAUUUAUCCCGUGGUUCGGCCAAGUACAAAACUUGCCUACUCCACGUUGUGGCGUCCCAACGGACGAGAGUUGCACUCAACUCCUCUCAAGUGAUCCAAUGAUCAACUUGAAUACCACAGUGUUAUGCUUUUCCUUUCAAUAUCCCGUUUGCGAGGAAUCUCCACAACUUGGAGUCUCUCACCCUUACACUUGAGAUUCACAACGAAAUACGGAGUAAGGAAGAGAAGCAACACACACAAAUCCACAGCAAAAUGCGCACACACACGACCAAGAAUCGAGCUCAAAAGACUAUCUCAAAGUUCUCACUAGAACGGAGCUCGAAUCACUUAGAAUGACAAACGAAUGCGCAAAGACUGAGUGUGGAUGAUCAAGAAUGCUCUGAGGUUGCUUGUUGUCCUCCUCCAUGCGCCUAGGGGUCCCUUUUAUAGCCCCAAGGCAGCUAGGAGCCGUUGAGAACAAAUCUGGAAGGCCAUCCUUGCCUUCUGUCAUCGGGCGCACCGGACAGUCCGGUGCACACCGGACACUGUCCGGUGCCCGAUUUCCUUCCUUAAACAGCGCAGUCGACCGUUGCAGAUCUGGGAGCCGUUGGCGCACCGGACAUGUCCGGUGCACACCGGACAGUCCGGUGCCCCCUUCCGACCGUUGGCUUGGCCACGUGUCGCGCGCAGAAUCCGUGGCCGACCGUUGACCCUAGCCGACCGUUGUCUCACCGGACAGUCCGGUGCACACCGGACAGUCCGGUGAAUUUUAGCCGUACGCCGUCGGCGAAUUCCCGAGAGCGGCUACUUCGGCCGAGGCAGCCUGGCGCACCGGACACUGUCCGGUGCACCACCGGACAGUCCGGUGCCCCAGACCGAAACAGCCCCUUGGCUGUACACAGCCACCUCUUUCCUUUUCUUUUUUUCUUCCUGUUUCCAAUACUUAGACAAGUAUAUUAGUACACAAAACCAAUGUACUAAGACUUAGAAACGUACCUUUGCUCUUGAUUUGCACUUUAUUCAUCCAUUGCAUAAAUUCACAUUUAAGCACUUGAGUUGGCACUCAAUCACCAAAAUACUUAGAAAUGGCCCAAGGGCACAUUUCCCUUUCAAUGACAUUAAGUGGUAAGCCACACUCAUAAAUAAAAUCAGCAACAUAAAUAUCUGUUCUUUCCUUCUCCUCCUUGCUCUUUCGCUGCAAUGUAGUUUGAGUGUUGCCCUUGCAAUGCCUCUCACGAACCACAUCCUCAGGUGCUUUGCGAAGCAUGGAUGCAAUUGACUUAGAAGACUUCGACACGUGUUGAUUGUUUUGGCUUGCUUCAGCUGAGAGCCUUCUCUUUUGGGCUGUUCCGGAACUGGGCUGAACAACUGGAUGAGAUGCUCUACUUUCCCCUUCUCCAAAUACUUCAACUUCAUCGUCUUUAUCACCUUCUUUAUCAUCAUCCAACUCAAUAGACUUCUGUCUAGCAUUCUUCUUCAAAUAAUCACUUGGUAUGAGCUACGUAGUAGAUUGCAAACUAAUCAAACUAUUGAUAAAGCUGCUCAGCGACAACUUGAGAAAGAAAAGGACCAUUGGAGGAAAGUUUUAUUUAGAAUUGUGGGCAUAGUAAAAUUUCUUGCCAAACAUAAUCUUGCAUUUCGUGGAAGUAAUAGCAAACUAUAUGAUGAUAGCAAUGGAAAUUUCUUGGGCUUAGUAGAGAUGUUGGCUGAAUUUGAUCCAAUUAUUCAAGAGCAUGUCCGCCGUAUUACAAAUGAAGAAACUCAGGUUCAUUAUCUUGGUCCUAGGAUUCAGAAUGAGUUGAUACAUUUGCUUGCUUCUGCUAUUAAGUCCAAAAUUAUUAAGAAAAUAAAGAGUGCAAAGUAUUUCUCUGUCAUACUUGAUUGUACCCCGGAUGCAAGUCACCAAGAACAAAUGUCUUUAAUUAUAAGAUAUGUGGACUCGUCGUCAGGUCUUGUUCGCAUUGAAGAAUCCUUUCUAGGAUUUUUAGAUGUAAAUGACACGACUGGACAAGCACUUUUUGAUGUACUAGAGAAUGAGCUAAAGGUUCUUGAUCUUGACAUAGAUGAUGUGAGAGGACAAGGCUAUGAUAAUGGGUCAAAUAUGAAAGGAAAACAUCAAGGUGUACAAAGGAAACUUUUGGAUGUAAAUCCCAGAGCUUUCUAUUCU